CGCUAGAUGAUCAGGACAUCUGCUUGCAGACGAAAUAACACAUGAGCGUUUCUUCCGAAGCUACCAUUUGAAUAAGUAGAAAAGUUUAUCUACGCCUGUAAAGACAUGGUGUGCUGGAAGCUAUAUCACAACUUUGAGAACUGGAUCGGGAAAAUCUUUUUCAGGUAUGGAGUGUUUGUUGGGACCUAUCCUGUGAUUGUAUUGAUCGUUUCCAUGUUGGUUUCCGGUCUACUUGGGAUAGGUAUGAUCAAUUUAACCGUACAGACGGAUGUAGAGAAGGUGUAUACUCCACCGAAUAGCCAGGCUUCCCAGGACCGUGCAUUGCUGCGCGAUCUCUUCCGGGACACUUCAGCUGAGGACUUUAACUCCUACAGCAGCAUCAAUGCUAACCUCUUUGGCAGUGUUAUCUUCCGAAGGAAGGACUCAUCAAAUAUGUUGAGUCUCGAAAAUAUUAGGGAGAUUGAAAAAAUAUAUCACGCUAUAACAGUGAAUGUUUCCGGCAAUGGCUUAGAUUAUUUUCAGUUGUGUGCCGUACAAAAUUCAACAUGUGCUGUAGAUGGCGAUUUCAUAUUUUCCGACGAAUUUCAGCGGCUACUUCAGAGUGACAGAAUUACCUACCCUGUUUUGGAAAAGAAAUACAUUGAAUCUGUGUUCGGCGAUGUUCUGGUAAUGGAUGGACUAUUGAAGUCAGCUAAACUGAUUAAGCUACAACUUAACCUUCGACAAGAUACCCAGACAUACAAAGAGGAUUCUAAGUUGUGGGAAGCAGCAUUUCUGACCUUUAUGAAAAAUGUACAGUCUGACACUCUCGACGUAUCGUUUGCUCACUCGACAUCUUUAGACGAGGAAUUAUCAGAGAACAUCAAAGGCGACAUUCUCUUUGUGUCUAUCACUUUCACAUUGAUGAUAGUUUACGCCACUCUGGUAACCACUAGCUGUGACCCCAUACUUGACCGCCAGAACCUCGGACGAGCAGGUGUCCUUGCCACCGGUCUCAGUAUCCUGGCAUCUUUUGGCCUGGGCAGUGCCUGUGGUGUGGAAUUUGUCAGCAUUGCUGGUGUAAUGCCGUUUUUGAUUCUUGGUAUAGGAAUAGAUGACAUGUUUAUAUUGCUGGCAGGCCUAGCAAAUGCCCCUCUGUCUGAGACGGGUCCUAACCGAGUAGGUGAUAUGAUGCGAACCAGCGGCGUGGCAGUUACUAUAACAUCACUGACAGACAUGUUUGCCUUUGGUAUUGGAGCCUCCUCUGUCUUUCCCGGUGUACGCAACUUUUGUAUUUACACAGGACUGGCGAUCUUCUUUUGUUACAUAAACUUUGUAACAUUUUUUGUCGCUUGCGUCGCGAUAAAUGAGAGACGGAUGGGGGAUAAGCGCCAUGCCUGCACUUGUAUGAGAAUUCGACUUAAGGACGAAAUGAAAAAUGAGUCAAGAAUGAAACGUAGUUGUUGUGGUGGAAGAAAGCCUUCGACAAAAGAAGAUCUCGAAAGUUUCAUUGAAAAAGUUCCUGGGAAAUUACUCUCCAAAUUUGUCACGUCUUUACCCUUUAAGAUCGUCACCUUGGUUGGUUUUGCAGUUUAUCUAGGGGUGUCCAUCUACGGCGUUACCAAAUUUAAAGAAGGUUUCGACAUAACUAAUCUUGUAUCAGACGAUUCAUACUUCCAUGAAUAUAACACACUUAACCAGCGACAUUUCACUCAAAGGAUACCUCUGUCGUUUACCUUUACCGAGCCUCUGCAGUAUUCUGACACGCGCACUGAUUCCGCCAUAAGUUCGCUGAUGACUGACGUCACCAGUGAUAGGUUGGUUGAAAGCCAGAUACAGAUCAGCUGGUACAGAAGUUACAGGUUUUCAACAUUUUUUGAUGGUUCAUCUGAAGCAAACUUCGUAACAGGAUUGAAACCAUUUUUGCUCUAUAACCCGCAAUUUAAGGCGGACAUUCUUUUUGACGACAGUGAACAGGUUAUUAGGGCUUCGCGAAUUUACGUCUUGACCAAUGACUUGAAGGAUUCCACUGAACAAGGGGAGUUGAUGCAACGAAUGAGACAAAUAACGUCCGACUCGACUCUUCCUGUGACUGUAUUCUCUCCACCUUUUAUUUUUUAUGAACAAUAUGUAGUGAUCGUUAGGUCCACCCUGAAGACCGUCGGCAUAGCUGUCUUGGUGAUAUUCGUCAUCACUGCACUUUUCAUGCCUAGUCCGCUACUCAUACUCUACGUUACCGUAACUAUGGUGAUGAUCAUGACUGGAAUUUUCGGUUUUAUGUAUUUCUGGAACUUGACCCUUAGUUCAAUAACAAUGAUACACAUCAUCAUGAGCAUUGGGUUCUCGGUCGAUUUCAGUGCGCAUAUCUGUCACGCAUACAUGACAGUGGAAGGAGACACAAGAGAUAAGAAGGUAAAGAAUGCCUUACUGCGUGCUGGGGGCCCUAUUCUGAACGGUUCCGUGUCAUCAUUACUUGGAAUUUUGAUGCUGGUAUUUUCUCAAUCCUAUAUUUUUCAGUCGUUUUUCAAGGUGAUGCUCCUUGUGAUUUUGAUUGGAAUGGGUCACUCUCUGUUUUUUCUGCCCGUUGUACUGUCCUUGGUUGGUCCCUUUGACAGCCGACGCUCUGGUAAAGGUAACGACUACCAUACUCCCAAUCAGCAACACAAUAACCACGGGAAUGGCACCGAGAAAGUAAAACUUUCUGUUGAAGAUGACAAAAAUACAUCGGGUAACCUCAUCGGGUCUUACCAGGGGGACCCAGUGUAAGUUUAGUGGUUUCCUUGAAUGCGAUUAACAAACAAUUCUGAUGCCAGUUGUUACAACUACUCAUUCAAGCUGGGAUGGUAAUACAGACUCUAAAACUUACCAAUUCCGAAUACGGUCGACGUAAAUAAUGGCUUUUGUGUCAAUGAUUAUUCCAAACACUUUAAAAUGUGCGUACAGAAUUUGAUCGAAAUUAGAAAGUUUCGUUUUAGACACAAAACAUUAGGUUUUUAUUGCAAUACAAGAACAUCAUUCCUAAAUUCUCAUUGAAAUUAAAUAAAGAUUCUUCACUCUACCUCUGUUUACCGUAUGCACUUCCAAGGUAUAAAUACAUUUACCUCAUAACGUUUACUAAUGAUAGAUAUUCAAUUAAAGCAAUAUUUAACUUGAUAUUAACUUUUUUUUGUUUACAGAAAACUAAUAUUUAUAUUUAACUUUUAUUUACUGCUAAUGUUAUAUUUUAUUUUAAUGUUAAACCUCAUCCUUAUUUUUGUACUUAGUUUUUUUGUAUUUAAACCUUUCAGUAUUGGGUUUCUGUACUUAUAGUGUUAAGUGUUUCUGCUCGGGCAGAACGUGUAUUAUUUUAGCCUUAAGGCCUUGAUGUGCAUUGCCAAAUUUGGAAUUGACCGGAAAACAAAUUGGCUCGUAGGCGGCCAUGUUGGAUUUUGACUGUGAAACUUUUAGACCACCAUGGCUCUUUUUCGUAUGUCACAUGUAGGUCUCCCUUGGUCACUAGUUAUGACGUUUUGAUUUUGGAACGAACUGAUCAGAAAGAUGACUGACCGACGACCUUACUGGAUUUUGACUGUAAAGGUUUGAUACCGCUCUUUCUUGAGGAUUAGAUUGCACGUUUCCGAAUUCUAUUUAUAGGUUCCCUUACCAUCUUGUAAUAUCCUUUUGAUUUUGGCAGUGAUUAGAAGAACACAAUGGUCGAUGGGCGACCGAUUUGACAAUUAAAUAUUAUUAUCGAUGUUCCUUCAGAGGGAUCUCAUAUUCCAUUAAAUUAAGCAGAAAGAGAAAUAAUCAAACUAACAAAGAACAAACUAGCCCCCCCCCCCCCACGUCCCUCAGUUGCUGUUGAUCAUCAUUCGUUAUCAUCCGUAAUAACACAGGAUUGUGAUAAAAGGACGACUACAGGAUAGUCAUAACGUACUCGGGUGCUCCAAUUUCCUCCCAUGCGACUAUCCUACUUCUACUUUAAAGAAAAUCCAAUAUGUACGUUUGUACAUUGGGAUGUUUCUGUGAUCGAUAUAUUAUAGAUAUAACAUAACCUGUUAUCAUUUUCAUUCCGUAAUACAAUCUAUGACGAAAGUAAAUCGGAUGAGCAUUUUUACCAGUGUAUCAUUGGAGACAAUGGCAAGGCAUAUAAACAAGAGUAAUGAAGUAGUAUCCGGAAACCGUUUGGUUUGAAGGACUAAGGUCGUUAAUAAAUAUUUGUUGUUGA